AUCAGAUCGUUUCAAGCAUUCCAGCAGGGAAUAGAAAGAGGUCGCGAGGUGUGGGAGAGGGAAGGAAUCAAAACAUUCUUAGAUGUCCGAGAACAGCAAUGCAGACAUCUGGAUCGCAGGUGCAUUCGCAGCAUUCACCGUCGACCUCAUCGUCUACCCCCUCGACACAAUAAAAACCCGCCUCCAAUCCCCCGACUACACCAAACUCUACCGCAAUGGCACAAAUACCGCUUUCAACCCUGCCAUGUUCCGUGGCGUCUACCAAGGCAUCGGAAGUGUCAUCAUAGCCACCUUACCUUCCUCCGGCGCAUUCUUCACCACCUACGAAGGCGUAAAAUCCGUCCUCACAGAUGUCAAUCCUACAUAUGAUGGAAACAAACCUUUCGUCCCCACGCCUUUAAUCCACGCAGCUGCGAGCGGGACCGCGGAAUUGGUUUCUUGUGCGAUCCUCACUCCCGCCGAGGUGAUUAAACAGAAUGCCCAAAUGGUGGAUAACUCGAAUAAAGAUCGCCCAAGGGUGAAUGCCACGAUGCAAACGAUCAAAAGAUUUCGAUCGAAUCCUUUGGCCUUGUGGAGCGGAUAUUCUGCUUUGGCUGCCAGGAAUCUGCCGUUUACCGCGAUGCAGUUUCCGAUGUUUGAGAGGAUUAAAGAGGCGAUACGGAGGGAUAGGAAUGAGAGGGGUAUUCGGACGAAUACGCUUUUGGAGAGUGGGGUGAUUACGGCGGUGAGUGCUGGGACGGGUGGGAGUAUUGCUGCGGUGAUUACGACGCCGGUGGAUGUGGUUAAGACGAGGUUGAUGUUGAGGGCUGUGGAAAGUGCUGCUCCGCAUGAGGGUGGUCGUGAUACUACGGCGAAAGAGAGUGCCAAGGCUGCGAAAGAUGCUCUUGUGGAUGCUACGGGUCAGACGAUUGAGACGGUCAAGCAGAAUCCUUUGAAAGCGAUCAAGAAGGCUGUUCAACCUAAGGGCAAGAGCUCGAGUUUGCAGAUUGCAAGGGAGAUUAUGGCUGAGCAAGGGAUCAAAGGUCUUUUUCGAGGUGGUGCUCUGAGAGGUGUUUGGACCAUGCUUGGAAGUGGACUUUAUCUUGGAGUGUAUGAAAGUGGACGAAUAUAUUUGGCUCAACGACGAGGCGAAACGAUAGAUGCUGAUGAAUAUGCUCGGGCAUGAGACACGGUUGAUGUUGGAGAGACUAUCUGUACAGUACAUGCCCGGUGUAUACUCUUUCCGCGGCUGGACACACAGUUCAUGAAGCAAAGGUUACAUAAAGCAUCUUUCACG